GGCUUCCCCGCCCGCAGGAAGAGACUUCAGUUAAGGGGCGGAGAGCUCGACGAGGCAGUAAGAAGAAAUGUGCUGCGCUUUUCGCUGUCACAUUUGAAAGCGGCGAGCUGGGCUUGUGCACAAAAUUACACACGAACCAAAAAUCUAAUCGGGAACAUUUAACCACAAAUGAUGAAAAAGUUGUGUGAAAAUUCAAGACUCUGAAGGAAACCACAACGUGUGUUUAAACCACCUAACUCAUCUAAUGUUUUCUCCUGAUCAAGAAAAUCUUUCUUCAUCCACAAAAGCACCCAUUAAAUAUGGUGAAAUCAUUGUGCUAGGGUACAAUGGAUCUCUGCCAAAUGGAGACAGAGGACGAAGAAAAAGCAGAUUUGCUUUAUUCAAAAGACCAAAACCAAAUGGGGUGAAACCGAGCACAGUGCACGUCACCUGUACACCUCAAGCAGAGAAAGCAAUAAGCAACAAGGACCAACACAGUAUUUCAUAUACAUUGUCUCGAGCUCAGACAGUGGUGGUGGAAUAUACACAUGACAACAAUACGGAUAUGUUUCAGAUUGGCCGAUCAACUGAAAGUCCAAUUGAUUUUGUGGUGACAGACACUGUACCGGGAAGUCAAAGUAAUGCUGAUACUCAGUCUGCUCAAAGUACCAUAUCCAGAUUUGCAUGUCGCAUUAUAUGUGAAAGAAAUCUUCCCUACACUGCUAGGAUAUUUGCAGCUGGAUUUGACUCAUUUAAGAAUAUAUUCCUUGGGGAGAAGGCAGCUAAAUGGAAAACUUCUGAUGCUCAGAUGGAUGGUUUAACAACAAAUGGUGUGCUUGUGAUGCAUCCGCGGCUUGGAUUUACCGAAGAUUCCAAACCAGGGGUCUGGAGAGAGAUUUCUGUUUGUGGCAAUGUCUUUACUUUGAGAGAAACAAGAUCAGCACAGCAACGAGGAAGAAUGGUUGAAAAUGAAACCAACGUUCUGCAGGAUGGUUCUUUAAUAGAUCUCUGUGGAGCAACGCUGCUUUGGCGCACCGCAGAAGGACUUGCACAUACUCCUACAGUUAAGCACCUAGAGGCCCUUCGCCAGGAGAUAAAUGCAGCCAGACCACAAUGCCCAGUUGGAUUUAACACUCUUGCAUUCCCCAGUAUGAAAAGGAAAGAUGUCGAUGAGAAGCAACCAUGGGUGUAUCUCAAUUGUGGACAUGUGCAUGGUUAUCACAACUGGGGAAACAAGGAUGAAAGGGAUGGAAAAGAAAGAGAAUGCCCCAUGUGUCGAUCGCUAGGUCCGUAUGUUCCUCUCUGGUUAGGGAGUGAGGCUGGAUUUUAUGUUGAUGCAGGACCUCCAACCCAUGCGUUCAGCCCUUGUGGACAUGUGUGCUCAGAAAAGACUACCACCUACUGGUCCCAAAUUCCCCUUCCUCAUGGCACUCACACUUUCCAUGCCGCCUGUCCUUUCUGCUCUACUCAGCUCACAGGGGAACAAGGAUAUGUUCGACUUAUUUUCCAGGGACCUCUUGAUUAAGGACUUAAUUUUAUUAACUGGUGGGUAAAUUGAUAACAGAAAGACAUUUGAUAACUUUCAGAAUUAUAAGCUAGUUUUCUAUAUUGAAUUCCAUGGGUUUUGGAUUUGUCUGUUCUGGGACAUAACCUGAAUUAUGUAGUCCUUUGAGGAAAGUAACCUAAUUUUUUUGUGAUUUUUGCCUCUGAGACAGAGUUUUGAUAAGUUUUGCAUUUGUUAAAAGCAGGUAUUUUGAAAUACAAAACUUUCUUGCCCAGAUAUUAAAAAAACACAUCUUAUUUUGGACCUAUUGACAGAUACCAGGUACAAAUAUUAACUCUUAUAGUCAAAAAUGUUAAUCAAUUUCAGAUGAUUAAUCCUAGUUUGUAAAGGAGUGAAUAGAUCCAAUACAAUUUAACCUACUACUGUUACUACAAAAGAGAUUUUUUGAUUCUGUGCAAUUUAAUUUGUUUCAACACUAUUUGCAGAAAACUUUGAACUUUAAGAGCAUGCAAUAUGUGAUUUAUUAUGGUACUCAAUCAUUGAAGUUGUCUUGCAGUGCUGCUUCUGGCUCUGUAUGAAGGAGUGAGCAGUUUGUCUCCCAUAGAAUAACUAUUUCUAAAGAAUGUUGACAGGUUUCAAUUGCAAGUAAGGUCAGAAGGAUUGAGUAUAAAUGAGCUUUAUUUAGUUUCACUCAGAUCCUUGUUUAUUUUUGCUAAAUGUCAAUAGGCUCAAAGUAAGAACAGAUAGAAAUUGGGUGCAUCAAAUAUUUUGUAUUUCUUUAUUACAAAACAAUAUACCACUUCAGUUACACUGCAUAAGAGUAGCUCUUUGCAUCUUAACUACAUUGAACAUUUUGUAACAGGGAAGCCCUUCUGCCAAAAUAUUUUCUGGUGUGCUACUAACGUGAUGAGGUGCAUCACUGUAAGGAAAUGACACCAUCUUGAAUAUAUUUGUUUACACAAGUUCACCUGCUAAACUCUUGUUUAGCUCCAGUAAUUGAGGAUGUGUAAAGCUGGCUUAUUUUGCUGUAUAGCAGCUUAAGUUCUGUAGGACCUUUUGUACUAAAUUAUUGCCUGUAAUGUAUGUAGCUUUAGAUGUUUGUAGGGGUUUCUUAGCAUAUGUGGAAUGCUAACCUUAAGCCUAUUAUGUCUUGAUUUUUUUGUGAAGUAAUAUUAAAUAGCAAUGUUCAAACUGCUCUUUGAUUUUUGGUAAUCAGAAUUGUACCCUGAGCAAUGAUCACUUGUCCCCUUUAAUUCAGUUUAUUGUAUAUAAUCUUGGAACUAUUUUGUUAUGAAAGAAUCUAGACAACAAAUUGGAUAUUGGUAUUAACAAACUAAAUACUUUCAUAAUAGAGAGAUUGCUGAGUGAGGAAGUAAAAUGUGUCAAAUUUGAUCUGAUUUUUAAUUUUUUUUUUCACUUUGACAUCCGCUUCACUGUGCAUCUCCAACUGCUUCAAGGGCAAAAAAAGUAACUAAAUGUGGCCUCAGUGUGCUGGUAUUCCAACAUUCAUGGCUCUGACUGUAUUACUGACAGUGCAUUUAACUCAGGAUUUAAAACAGUGAUUUAUUGCCAUUUCAUAACUUCUGUUUGAGCAGAUACUAGAAUGGUGAUUAUUUUCUUUUGUAAAAUGAAUUUUAAAAAAAAUCAUUACAAUCGUGUUUAUUUGUUCCAUUGGAAAAUAAAACUGUUGGAUUUGGCUCUA